UAAAAUCUACUUACCCCACCUUUAAUUGGGGCAUUAACUGGAAGCUAAGAAAAAAAGAGGUGCUUUCUGGACAGUGGCACUGUUGCUUUACUCCUGCCCCUUCUCGCUCGAGUCUAUAGGGAGAAGCGUUGCUCCAUCAACUAAAGUCCCAAGAUCAAGACAGUGAUCUAUUAUAAAUGUGUCUGAUAGCUGGUAGAACAAUAAGAUCCUGGCAGCUUAGUAGAAGGUUGAGUAUAAACCAUUUUUUUUUUUUCUCUUUUCUCUCUAAUCCUUUUACUACAAUGAGCAAUUACUUUUUUUUUAAUAUUAGUUCAGUUACAUCAAACAACAUCUAAAAAAUUUUGUCCAUAAAUGCACUGACUGGAAAUGAAAUCAUUAUUUUAUUAUUCUCGGUUAUUGAGCACAUUCUUCAUCACAGGUCACAAAAAGCCAGACAACAGCUAUCAUGAGCUCCACGCAGUCAAACUCCUCUGCAAAUGUGACCUUUGUUCGUCCUGCAACAUUUUUCAUCAGUGGCUUUUCUAAUAUUCCACAUUCAAAGUACUACUAUGUGUUCUUGUCUUUGGUGUAUGUUGUGACUGUUUUAGGGAAUUCAUUUAUCACGUGUAUCAUUUUUUUGGCUCGUAGACUACAUACAGCCAAAUACAUUGUGGUUUUCCAUCUGGCCCUUUCUGAUCUGUGUGAAAGCUCGGCUUUGAUUCCAAAAGUUAUAGACACAUUUUUAUUUGACAACCAUGACAUUUCAUAUGAAGCAUGCUUGGCAAAUAUGUUUUUUAUAUAUCAUUUCAUGAACAUGGAGUCUUUAACACUACUUGUCUUGGCUUACGACAGACUGGUUGCUAUUUGUUUUCCUCUACAGUACCAUUCCAUUAUAACCAAAAAAACAAUGUUUCUGAUCUUAGGCGUAAUGUGGAUUUUUUCUGUGAUAUAUUUUUCUGUACUUGUAGUUUUGGUGAAUAGACUCUCUUUGUGUAGAUCGAAUGUGGUUGAUAGUUAUUUUUGUGAUCUUGGCCUUGUCUAUAAAUUAGCUUGUAAUGAUAAUUCUAUAAAUAUCCUAAUGGUAAAAAUUAAUUUUGGCCUCCUGAUUUGCACACCGCUGAUACUGAUCUUGAUCUCAUAUUUCUGCAUCGCUCUGGCUUUGCUUAAGAUUGCUCAUGGUGCUGAACGGAUCAAAGCCAUGAAAACCUGCACCUCACAUCUCAUGUUGGUGGCAAUUGGUUAUAUCCCAUUUUUAAGCAAUCAUAUUGCAACCCUAACAACACCAAUGAAUCCGAACACCCGGUUAAUGAACAAUUCCCUGACGCAGACAAUACCACCUAUGCUGAAUCCCAUCAUAUACACUCUAAAGACAGAGGAAGUCAUGCAAUCCAUUAAAGAUCUGUAUAAACGAAACAAGGUGAACACUGCAAAAAGAAUGAAAUGUAGUAGGAGAAAUUCAAAACACAAAAAUGACAGGUUUGAACCUAAUCAGCUGUGA